AUGGACACCUUGGGGGGUGGUAAUUUGAGGUCACCGUCACCACCUGUUCUGCAUAUCCCCUCCACUGCUCGGCAACCAUCUACUAGAACUCAGCAAAGGAGGAACAGGGACAAAGAGGAUAGUCAGGACAACCCCCCAGCAACUUUAGGCUGGACAAAAGAUCAAGGUACCGGCCAAUACUGCUCGCUCGACUACCUUAUUGAGUGGUUAGCUAUGGGAGAUAACUUCAAGAAGUAUCAACAUGGCCUAGGGGGUAAGAAGAAGCUGGGGAUGGCUAGGGAAUGCUCUGAGUGGAUGUCCAAGUCAGGAUGUCCAACUACAAGAUCGACUGAUCAGAUACAAAACAAGAUUCGUGAACUCUUAAGAAGGUGGCGAGAGGCCCGUGACUGGCUAAAUCACACAGGGAAGGGUUUAUUCGAGAGUAUGGUGGAUGGUAGUGAGGAUCCAGAGAAGAUAAAUCAAGCUGAACAGACGGUUAAAGCCACUGUACUGAAGAAGUGUCCUGAAUAUGACUCUGUGGACCCCAUAUUUGCCGAAAGAGACGGCGGGACAGAAUCCCUUCGCACAGGUACCACCGGAAAUUCGAAUGUCACACUCGAGACGAUUAUGAGGGGUUCUCACCACCCCUCUCCUUCUCCUGAGAGAUCUCCACACUCUCCUAGGCCUCCAUCACCAUCUCAGAUGUCAUUGAAUGACUUCCUAGGCCAGCAAGAGUCUCAAACUGAAGAUACAUCGACUCAGAGCGAAAAUACACGUCCUGCGACUAGGGAACGCAGUUUUAGUGAUCAUAGGCUGACCAAGCGAGCUGCAGGCCUUUACACAUCGUCCAGGAGGGGGGAAGGAAAAAACAAUGCUGGAGGUAUUGCGGGGUUGUUUGAGGGGAUUGCUGCGAGCAGAAGGGAGGAGAUAGGCCUAGAGAAGCGUAAGCUAGCUAUCCAAGAGGAAGAAAGAGAAGAUUCGAAGAGACAGAGGAAGGAAAGGGCUAAAAAUGAGAGGUUGGUCAUAACAUCGAAGGAGGCUCAAGCUCGUCUCACUGCAGAGCAAGGACUACCGGUAGAACUUCGUGUUUCCUGGGUUCAGGCUAUCGCAGAUGCAGAGGAGAGGUAUGAUAGAGCUCACAGGGACAGAGAAGAAGGGGAAGGAGACGUUCACACCGAAUAUGAUGAGUGGAGCAAUUGGUCGGAGAGUGAUAGGUAG